CGCAUCUCGCGGAACCUCCAUUGUCAUCGGAUUCAAGCUCCGAGAAGGAACAGAGGGAGAGAGAGCGAGUUGCAGACGCCAUGGCUGGCUCGUGGAGAGCUCGCGGUUCGUUCGUCGUGCUGUCGAUCCUGCUCUUCGGAUGUCUGUUUGCAAUUUCCAUUGCGAAAGAGGAAGCCACGAAAUUGGGUACAGUUAUUGGCAUUGAUCUCGGCACAACCUACUCUUGUGUUGGUGUCUACAAGAAUGGUCAUGUUGAAAUUAUAGCGAAUGACCAAGGAAACCGUAUCACUCCAUCAUGGGUCGCUUUCACCGACAGUGAGAGAUUGAUCGGUGAGGCUGCUAAGAACCAGGCAGCUGUUAACGCCGAAAGGACGGUCUUUGAUGUCAAGAGACUUAUUGGAAGAAAGUUUGAGGACAAAGAAGUUCAGAGGGACAUGAAGCUAGUUCCGUACAAGAUUGUUAACAAGGACGGUAAGCCUUACAUUCAGGUCAAGAUCAAGGAUGGUGAGACCAAGGUUUUCAGCCCUGAAGAGAUCAGUGCUAUGGUUUUGACUAAGAUGAAGGAAACAGCUGAAGCAUUCCUUGGAAAGAAGAUCAAGGAUGCCGUUGUCACUGUUCCAGCCUACUUCAAUGAUGCCCAGAGGCAAGCUACCAAGGACGCUGGUGUGAUUGCUGGACUUAAUGUUGCUAGAAUUAUCAAUGAACCCACUGCUGCUGCCAUCGCGUACGGCUUGGACAAGAAAGGUGGUGAGAAGAAUAUCCUUGUGUUUGACCUCGGUGGUGGAACAUUCGACGUCAGCAUCCUGACAAUUGAUAAUGGUGUCUUUGAGGUUCUUGCCACAAAUGGUGAUACCCACUUGGGAGGUGAGGAUUUCGAUCAGAGAAUCAUGGAGUACUUCAUUAAAUUGAUCAAGAAGAAGCAUGGCAAGGAUAUCAGCAAGGACAACAGAGCUCUUGGUAAACUUAGGAGGGAAGCUGAGCGUGCCAAGAGAGCUCUGAGCAGCCAGCAUCAGGUCAGAGUGGAAAUUGAAUCGCUCUUUGACGGCACGGACUUCUCUGAGCCAUUGACCAGGGCAAGGUUCGAGGAGUUGAACAACGAUUUGUUCAGGAAGACAAUGGGACCUGUGAAGAAAGCUAUGGAAGAUGCUGGUUUGGAGAAGAACCAGAUCGACGAGAUUGUUCUUGUUGGUGGAAGUACCAGGAUUCCUAAGGUUCAACAACUUCUUAAGGACUACUUUGAUGGGAAGGAGCCCAACAAGGGUGUGAAUCCAGAUGAGGCUGUUGCUUUUGGUGCAGCAGUGCAAGGAAGUAUCUUGAGCGGAGAGGGUGGUGAAGAAACCAAAGAUAUCCUUCUCUUGGAUGUCGCUCCCUUGACUCUUGGUAUCGAGACUGUUGGUGGGGUGAUGACCAAGUUGAUUCCUAGAAACACAGUCAUCCCUACUAAGAAAUCACAAGUUUUCACUACUUACCAGGACCAGCAGACCACCGUAUCCAUUCAGGUGUUUGAAGGCGAAAGGAGUCUCACUAAGGAUUGUAGGAAUUUGGGAAAAUUCGACUUGUCUGGAAUUCCCCCAGCUCCAAGAGGAACCCCUCAAAUCGAAGUUACAUUCGAGGUUGAUGCCAAUGGUAUCCUGAAUGUCAAGGCUGAGGACAAGGGCACGGGUAAAUCUGAGAAGAUCACCAUCACGAACGACAAGGGUCGUCUCAGCCAGGAGGAGAUUGACCGGAUGGUCAGGGAAGCUGAGGAAUUCGCAGAGGAAGACAAGAAGGUGAAGGAGAGGAUCGACGCUAGGAACAGCCUCGAGACUUACGUCUACAACAUGAAGAACCAGAUCAACGACAAGGACAAGCUCGCCGACAAACUCGAGGCCGACGAGAAGGAGAAGAUCGAGACCGCCACCAAGGAGGCCCUCGAGUGGCUCGACGACAACCAGUCCGCCGAGAAAGAAGACUACGAGGAGAAGCUCAAGGAGGUCGAGGCUGUGUGCAAUCCAAUCAUCACUGCCGUCUACCAGAGGUCAGGCGGAGCCCCAGGCGGUGGAGAGUCUUCUGAAGAUGACGAUGAUUCGCACGACGAGCUCUAAACCGUUUUCGGUUCGAUCGAGAGCUUAUGCCAAGAAAGGCGGGAGAGAGAACGGACGAUUAGGUUUAGACUAGGGAAGACUCGGGUGUUAAAUUUUUGUGACAUGGAAUACUCGGGAUCAAUGGUUCCCCUUCGCUUGGUUCUUUCGGGAUAUGAUGAUACAUUUUAUUAGAUCACUUUUCUUCUUCUUUUCAAGUACUUGUAAUUCUACUUAUCUGAAAAACUAUUUCCCAGAUUUUGGUCA